UCCGUUAGCUAGGUCAAAACAAAUGUGACGUGGCUAAUCUCUGGACACAAAAGAGGCAGAAAACCGGGGUUUUUGUAGGUUUUAGUGUUGAACUCGGGAGAGGUUAACGCGACGGAGCUGAAAUACAAAGCUGACACUGAACAGAGAGCUGCAAAUUGAAGGAAAAGUCGCAGAGAAGAGUCGCUAGCUGUUAGCAUCGAACAGCUGCCCUGGAGGAAAGGCAUGCACCGUGACAUUUGAAAAGAUGGCAGACAGUGAAGCUUCCAGCCCCCCGGCUGAGGAUGCGGGGGUGGAGGUCCCUCCCUCUGAGAGCCCGGACCGCUCCUCGCCCCCCACCACACCUGACGUCUCGACCGACGUGGCUCCGACGAGGAGGGCCCGGAGGAGACCGGAACCCAAACCUGCCGCUGAAGAGCCGGAGACGCCGAAAACAGAGGAGCAGCCAGCAGCGACGUCCAGUGAGUCCACGGUGGCCCCGGGCGGGUGGGGGUACUGGGGCAGCUGGGGCAAAUCCAUCCUGUCCACAGCGACGGCCACCGUCGCCACCGUGGGUCAAGGACUGACUCAGGUGAUCGAGAAGGCCGAGACGUCCCUGGGAAUCCCCAGUCCCACCGAGCUGUCGGCGCAGGUGCAGGACGAGCAGCAGCAGGCCGGUUCUCCCGCUGAGGCCAGCGGCGAGCCGGACGGCGCCGCCCACGGCGCCAUGGGGAUGUUCUCCUCCCUCAGCAGCGUCGUCCAGAGCACCGGCAAGACGGUGAUCACGGGCGGCCUGGACGCGCUGGAGUUCAUCGGCAAGAAGACCAUGGACGUGAUCGCAGAGAGCGACCCGGGCUUCAAGAAGACCAAAGGCCUGAUGGUCCGGAACGCCACGCUGUCCCAGGUCCUGAGGGAGGCCAAGGAGCGUGAGGAGCUGCAGACGGCGGAGACGGACGCGUCCCGCCCGGACAGGAAGGCGGUGGCUCACUACGGCGUGCUGUUCGAUGAGUUUCAGGGCCUGUCGCACCUGGAAGCUCUGGAGCUGCUCUCCCGGGAGAGCGAGUCGAAGGUGAAGUCGGUGCUGACCACGCUGUCCGGGGACGAGCUGCUGCAGCUGAGAGACGAGCUGGAACGGAUCAGGGACUCCUUCUCCCUCGCGGACUUCGAUGAGGAGGACGUGGACGAGAAGAAAGACGCAGACGGCUCGGAGUUCGAGAAGGAGCUGCUGGAGGCCAUGGAGGGUCUGAGAGUCUCCGCCACGGCCGCCAAGCUCAGCACGGCCUGCAGGAGCAGCUGCAGCCUGAUCGCCGCCAUGAGCCGGCAGGACGAAGAGGAGCAGGAGGAGGAGGAGCAGGACACACACUCUGUGGACGAGGUUCACGCCGCGGCCAUCAGGAGUCUGGCGGAGCUGACGGCUCGGUCCAUCGAGCUCUUCCACAAGCUGGCUGAGACCACCCUGUUCGCCGGCGGCGGCGGCAGCGCCGACGCAGCUGUCCUGACGCGGUUGACCGUGCUGCUGUGUAAAGAAAUCUCCCUGCUGUCCAGGAAGUUCACGUCCUGCCUGACGGCGGCCGGGUCCAGGGAGAAGGCCGACGUCCUCAACCCGCUCAUCACCGGAGUCUUCCUGGAGGCGUCCAACAGCGCGUCGUACGUCCAGGACGCCUUCCAGCUGCUCCGGCCCAUCCUGGAGAUCGCCCACAUCCAGAGGACGGCCGAGGCCGACCAGCAGUCCUGACGGGGUUCAGCCCCAGCUCCUCCUGCAGAUCUGCGGUUCGAUCCCCUGCCUCUGAUGUCCAGACUGGAGGAGGCUGUCCAGCACAGCUGGACUGAACCGGAGCUCACGCCACACGUCUGGAGAAUACUGACAAGAAGUCCACCAGGAAGAGAGUCUGACGUGGAAUCUGCUCCUGCAGACCGCAACACAUCAUGAAGCCUCAUCAAUUCCCUUCUAAUUCCAUGGAUCACUUCAGGAAACCUGUUGAUGGAGAUCGAGCUUAAAGCUGCUCUGCUUGGGUUCAUGUUGUGAUUUUACAAGUUAAGUUACGCAGCAGCUCAGUUGUCUUCCUGUUGGAGCUUUUUAAAAGAAUUAAUGGUAGGAAUGAAAAUAUUGAGAAAAGAAAAGGAAAGUGUUUGUGUUGAGCUCCUGGAGGCUUCUGGUCUGAAUCAUCUCGGAGCUUCCAGGAUGUUUCCAGAUGUGCAGCCUGAUGUUGUACUUUGUGCUCACGUCAGUCAGAUGAGACGUCAGACCUCAGGCCUCUGGCCCUGAACCCCAGAUGAAGCCAUCAGCCUGGUGGUGAAGAGUGUGUUCUGUCUUCAUCUCCUCCUCGUCGCUACUUUUCAAACAACAGGAAGCUUCGUCCUGUGCCGAAGCGAAGCCGCUCAUCCUCAGAAGCAGCAGCAGGCCGUGUCUCCUCCCAGGGCCCCGGGCCUCGAGUUUAGAACCGCAGUGUAACCUCAGGUGUUUCCUCCUGCCAUCAGUAUAACCAAACGCUGACAGCUGUGUGUUGUGGAGUCUUAUUUUUGGAGACUGUUUUGAUUAAAGCUUUCAUAUAAAGGUCUUGUUGGAGUUUUGACUUCA